UUUGAUGAGUUGGUGAACGAUGAUGCCGAUGUUCGCGUUAUGUGAUAGUGUUUUAGUUAUUUUACGCAUUUAAUGCAUGAUUUCGUGCCGGUAUCAGUGUGCAGUGAAAAGAGGUGUGAAUUGGACGUGAAAUGAAUAUUUUACCAAUAUUUGCGAUGUAAAUCACGUGCUCUACGAAUGAAAACAUUUUAGUGUUAGCAUGUUAGUGGUUCGAGCGUUUUGCAUCCGGUUCUCCUAUUUGCAAAAUGGUUUCGAGCGGUGAUAAGGAGUGGAAGAAAAAAUUAGGGUUCCCUAUAAACUACGAUUCGGGCCAGAGCUCGGAUGACGAUUUUGACAGCCAGGAUGUAGUGAUGCGUCAUCCGCGGCGCUCGUCCCGCUUCCUCCUGCAAGAGAGCGGGGACGGCUCUGAGGCAGACCUGCUGGGGACCACUCCACCGAGGGCCAGGAUACGGGACAAGGAGAAACGGAGAAAUAUGAUGGAUUUUAGUCCGUGCUAUCAACGGUCAUCUAUCAAUGAGAAAGAACCCGUUCCAGCAUUUCAGCCCACGCCACCUGAACGGUUAAAAAAGCGCGCGAGUCUCAAGCUAGUCAGGUCCAAGGAGAGGGACUGGAAACAGGAGUUUGGGCAGAGGGAGCCGAAAGCUGACUCCCUCCCCUCUCCUGGGCCCGUGCCUGCGGUGCCGACGUUGAAGGUGGAGUCCUGCAACCGCUUCAUGUCGCUGACGUCACGGCUCAAAAGCAGACCGACUGAGGAGUUGGUGCUCGAGCGACCUGAUGAGGAACUGCCUCCGAGCAGAGUGAACUUCCACAAUACGUUCAGCAUGCUCAUCAAUAUGGGGAACAUUGAGAAGGGCUGCCGGCGGACUAUAAGUAGAGAAGAAAAAGUAUGGCAGAACGAAUUGAAGGAUCUCAUCUGGCUGGAAAUCCAGGCCAAAAUAGCCGGCCGCAGUCUGGCGCAGCAGGACGCGUUCCUGUGUGCACAGAGGAAUGUCAUUCCUAAUAUUGUGCGGGAUAUACUAGAAUAUAAAUUCAUUAGUCACCGUCCGUGCUGCAGAUCGAGUGCCCAAUUACAGACCACGCUAGAGUGUUCGAACGAAGAUCUCUCCUUGGAGUAUACGGAUGAAACUCAGUUGAACCUGGGUGGAGAUGAAUACCAGACCGGCUGUCUGAACAUCGAGUGCACAGUGUGCUCGGAGGCGAUCGGGUCGGCGAUGCGCGACGUGUGCGCGCUGCUGGACGCGUUCGACGCGGCGACCGCGCUCUACCCGUCCUCGCUGGCCGCCGCGAGCGACCACCCACAGCUCGCGCAGCCGAAGCUGGCACACCGCCUCAGGGCGAUGUGUCUCUGGUACAACACGGCUCUACACUUGCGUCUCAAAAUCCUGUCCGUGCGGCGAAUGUUGCACACCGUGCGGAUGAAAAAUCGCCGACGGAAUAUGCAGCAUAAGACGUCUGUGGACUCAACUAGUAGUAAAUCAUCCGACACGCCGCGCCCCUGCACAGUACGGUUUAACGUGAGUUGCAACCCUAGCGACUCGAACAACUCGAGUAACAGCGACACAAGCGCACAGUCUGAUAACACGGAUGAUAAGAAAGAUUCCGGUAUCGAAGACCACGCCCCUCAAGACACGCCCAAAAGUGACAAAACUACCGUAGAACAAAGUGGUGAAGAAAAGGAAACAAAAGAUUGUGUGGAUGAUGGUGAUCAAACUAGUGAUGAUAAGAGAGACGAUGGAGCUGACGAAUCUCUGGAUAAGGAGAAAUCGGUGGACAGCGGAUAUAGUAGAUCUGAUUACACAGCCAGCAGCGGCAGUGUGACCCCCGAGGUGGUGGUGUCGGACGGCAUGGAGCCGAUAGAGCAGCAGUGCGCCGGCGCGCUGCGGCUCGGCGCGCUGCACGACCUCACGCAGCUGCGCCUGCUCGCGCGCACGCAGGUGUCCGCCUACAGAGACUACCACCGCGAGAUCCUGAAAACGGCCGGCGUGCGCCGCUGCAUGAUGUUCAUGAACAAGAUCUGCAGCACGCUGCUGCAAAAGGUCUACCUCACGCUGCAGGAGCCUACGCAGGAAGACACUUUCACGGAUGAAGAAGUAGAAGUGGAACAUCGGGAUGGAGACCAAAAUAACAAGGAAAGUGGACAGAGUGUGACAAACAUGAACGAAUUGAGAAGGUUUGGAUGUUGGUGUCCAGAAAACUUGUCAAUGCGUCUCCCCUCCUACCGCAACCAUUUUUUACUACUUAAUUGUAUUUGUAUGGAAGCCUUGCACGACUAUCUCUCACUCAGGAUAGAUAUGCGUCCUGAUCAGCCAUCGUGUUUGACUAUAAAACAGCUCAUCCAUGAGCUCCGUGAGGGUCUGGAUAUAGCGGCAGAAACUCGCGCGUCGUUCGCACGUAACGUGUGCGCAGCUCUGCGCGGUUGGCGGGUCGAUCCCCGAGUACGGUCUGAUCUGGUGCAGAUACUGAAGACUUAUGAUGCCACUGUUGAGACUGCUACACAGCAAUACCUCUCGUACCUGAGCAAGAUGUCGGCCACGGACGCGCUGUCUCGCGGCGCGCUGACCGCGGAGUGCGCGUUCGCGGCGCGCCUCGCGGCCCGCGCGCCCUCCGCCAAGGGGCUCGUGCCGCCCGCCUUCGCACAAAUUGCGUGCAACCAACUCGAUAGACUGCUAAAAGAAUUCCAGGAUCAGUUUGGAAAUCUCAGUGAAGUUAAGGAGACCGCUAUAAUUAAUGAUCCCAGGUACAUAAUAUACCUAGUGUGUCGUGAAGCUCAAAACAUCUACUCGUCGUCCCGCGAGGCGUCGUUACAAGCGGCGCAGUGGGCGAGACUACUAGCUUGUCGACUGCCGAAAAUGUAUAAUAAGAAUAAGGCUAAGAUUUUUGACAGUUUAAUGGCCCUCUGCAACUGCCUAGUGGAACAAACGAACGAGAUACUACGCCGCAGCAACCCACUAACCGCGCCCAACCAGCCGACCCCACACCCAGUCCCACCGGAAGCAAGGGAAAGUUUGGGAGCACGUGUAAGAGAGCUGCUGCUGCAAAUGUUCAAGCUCGGCUUCGAGAUGCACACGGAGAUGCACAAGUUCGUGCACGGCCCGUACAAGUCGGAGCGCGAGCUACAGGCCCGGAGGCUUCGCCCCGCGUCGCUGCAGCCCCUGGCGCCUCCGCCCGUGGAGCGGAGACGCCGCCCCGAGACUAUACUCAUACAUCACUCGAUCAAUCCGAUGAUGCACAAAGAGCUGCACGGUUUCGUGAAUGACGCGGCGGUAUCGGGGGCGGCGAGCCGGCCCGCGCACGCGUCGCCGCGCCGCAUGCGGGUGCUGCGCUGCGACAGCAUCGGGGAAGAGGUGGACAGCUCGGCGCUCGACGAUGCGGGCUUGCCAAAGGACAGUCUAGAAUGGCUGCUAACCGGCGACUCUAGCCCACCAGAGAGCUCAGAGCGAACAGAGCCGUCCGUAGAGCAGCCGAGUGCUGAAGAAACAGAGUGGGCCAAGCGGAGUGCUAGAGCUAUAGUCGAGUUGGCGAAGUCCUGGAUGGCCUUCGUUGUCGAGAGGUGCGAUAGGGGCAGGGGGUUGAGGCCCAGAUGGGCGAGUCAAGGUCUAGAGUUCCUAAUGUUAGCCUGUGAUCCUUACAAUACUAAACAUUUGACUGAUGAGGAAUUUGAGGCUCUAAAACAACAAAUGGACGGUUGCAUAUCCCACGUGAUCGGCUCCCGGCCCGCGCCGAGAACCGAACCCACAUACUCGUCCUCCAUGUCGCCCACACCGCACCGACAUAGACUGAGAUUGCACAGCCCAGUGCCAAAUCCGAAUACAAUGAGCAAGGACUCUACUUCUUCGCCCCCCAGCGAGCAGGACACGCCGCCUGUCUUUAGUAGUCAAGAUUCGAUGGAUCACAGCAAACGCGUAACGCAAGCGAUCCGCGAACUCGACGAGCAGCGAGACGCUACACUCCGCGCGGCGGGCAGCGUGGGUCGCGUGCUGGGCACAGCUGCGCCCAGCUACGAGCCCAAGCUGCGCCAGCUCACCUUCAAGUGGCAGCGCGGUCUGAAGAUUGGCGCUGGCACGUUUGGCAAGGUGUACACAGUAGUGAACACGGAGAACGGGCAAGUGCUCGCGAUGAAGGAGCUGAGCAUCGGCGCGGGCGACCGGCGCGCGCUGCAGCGGGCCGCCAACGAGCUGCGCGUGCUCGAGGGCGUGGCGCACCCACACCUCGUGCGGUACUACGGCUGCGAGCUGCAUCGGGAAGAGAUGCUGCUGUUCAUGGAGCUGUGCGUGGAGGGCUCGCUGGAGGCGCUGAUCGCUACAAGCGGUGCGCUCGCGGAGCACACAGCACGCCGCUACACGCAGCAGCUGCUCGCAGCUGUGCGCGAGCUGCACGCACGGGCCAUCGCACACCGGGACAUUAAGAGUGGCAAUAUUUUCUUAACCAACGAAGGCAAUUGUCUCAAGCUGGGUGACUUCGGGUGCGCAGUCAAGAUCCGCGCCAACACCACCGCGCCGGGUGAACUACAGGGCUUCGUUGGAACCCAGGCUUACAUGGCGCCCGAAGUGUUCAUGAAAUCAUCUGGACACGGUCGCGCGGCCGACAUCUGGUCGCUCGGUUGCGUUGUCACAGAAAUGGCUACCGGGAAGCGUCCUUUCUCGGAAUAUGACAGCAACUACCAGAUAAUGUUCGUGGUGGGCAUGGGCGGGCGGCCCCACAUCCCCCCCUCCCUCUCCCCGGAGGGACAGGACUUCUGCCUCAGUUGUCUCACGCACGACCCGGCGCUUCGCCCCACCGCUGAUGCGCUGAGCUUGCAUCAUUUUCUGCUGGUGAAAUCCGACGACGAGUGUAACUGUGAACCGGCAAAUCCUUUGAGACGAUAGAUUAAAAUAAAUAAAGAAUCUUGACAAUGUAGUUCAUUUUGUACGAAAAUAAAACAAUCAAGGAAUUUAACUUUGAACAAAAUAAAAAUAAAAUAACUUGCAUGUUAAUUUUGUAAAAAAGUGCUGUCUGAUAAGUAUGUAUAUUAUAAUUUAUAAUGUUUUAUAGUGCCACAAACUUAACUGACCCGGUGACGAUGUCACUGAUGUCGAUUUUAGUGCCGCUAAAUUGUAUUUUCCCGGAUGCAAGGGUAAAAAUAAUGUCAUUGCCAAUGGUGUAAAUUAAUAUUAAUAAGUAACUUUUUAUUUAUACAAACUAUUUCGUAUGUAAAGUCUGUGAAAAUGUGACAUUUCAAAAUGGCGGAACAUAGUUCCAGUUUUUGCCACCGGGUCAGCUACGUUUGUGGCACUGUAUAUAUUUAUGACAUGAUUAUUGUGACAAUACAUUGAAAAAGUAUUUUACGGUUUUAGUGUAACGUAAUUAUUAAUUUAAAAAAAACUGUAUUAUUGUAAAAGUUAAAAACGUACUUUCUUAACAGCCAGUAUCUUGGAAAGAAAUAAAUAUGUAAAUAUCUAAUUAUUGUAUAUAUUUUAUAUUAAAGUACCUAAUAAAAUAAUUGUUGUGCCUAAAGGAAAUGUUGGUAAUGGAAUUUCAUGACGUAUUUUUGAACAAAAAUGAAUAUUUUAUAUUGUAAAAUGUUUAAAAUGUCUACUUAAAAUUAUUUUUAUGGGAAAAACAGAAUUGAUUUUACAUUUUUAUAACGAAAAUGGUAUUUUAUGUAAUAUUUAUAUGCCUCAUGCAUGAAACUUGUAAAUUUAAGGAAUACUUAAUGCAAUUUGAAAAAUGAAGUUAUAUUUAUGAACUACUUAUUUUAUGGCCAUGAUGGUCCACUUGUAAGCGGAGUUUAGUCCGACUCUAAAAUUUUGUACCCCAUGAGAGGAUAUUUUUUUAACUUUAUACCUAAGAUCUUAUAAAAACAAAUAUUGUUCGUCUUGUAUUAAAAAGAUUUCUACUGAAGAGGGAAUGGAUUUGAUCUAUUAAAAAUAUUUGAAGAAAAAAGUCGUGAAAUUAUUGAGGGAAAAUUGUGUAUUUUUCUAUGUAACGAUCGUAUGAAAUAUGUGUAAUGUGUAUGUUAAAUUGUGUAGUUUUCAUAGUACAAGCUUUACUUAAAACUAGGCGUUGUAUGCAAAAUCUAAGAAUAUGUAUAUUUUAUAAAGAAUUAAAAAUGACUAUAUUAUGUUUAUUGUUAUAUGUUCUGUUGUGUUGUUUUGUUAUAUUGAUGAAUGAGAU